AUGUCUUCGAAGGGAAAGAUACCGCAGGACAUAGUUGCGAUCUUCCAUGCCGCCUUCCACCCGACCCAAGGGAACGUGAUAGAUUGGUCGCUGAAAGCAAGUGAUGACUUGGACCUGGGGCAUGUCGAGUUCAGCUGCCUACCGAGCGGCUUGCACCUGAUGGAGCGGGAUGUCAUAUACUUCACAAAGGGCGAGCACUCCGGCGUAUGCGUGUUCCACCGACAGAAGACUACAGAGGAGGGACACCGCGGCUUUCGGCUCUCCUCGCUCGGCAUCCUGCUCGCCAAAUCUGCACGACCUCGUCCAUGGCUUCACCUACCUGCUCUGAAAGAGGUCUUCCGCUCCAUGUACUCGUCGAUAGAGGACAGAGACGUGCUGGUGCCUCUGGAUGGCGAUUGGGACCCGGCAAGGGCGUUCUUUGAAGAGCGCAAGGUCCGCCGUGCAGACUUGGGCGGGGCAGGGGAUUGGAAUGGGUGGAGUGCAGAGCUGGAAGACGACGCCCCCGACACCGACCCGACGGCCCACCUCCCCCAUCUCCUCCGUAUCAUCGGGCCCUCAUCCUUGACGCUAUACAAGCACGUUCUCGGGCGUCGGCGCAUCCUUAUAUAUACCCUCCCUCCAGUUGAAGCUGCCUGCAUCCUCUGCCAAGUCGCCGCCGAUAUCUGCUACCAGUAUCAGACCGAAGGAGAAGACGACACGCUCCCUGACGCUGACGAUGAGCCACAUAGAAAACUGAAGGGCAAGUCCGCAGCAGGCGUGAAAGUGUUGGGCAUGGUCACCCUGAACGACCUUUCCAAGCUUGAAGAGGAAAGCCGGACAGGCCGUGGGUGGGUUGCUUGCACGACGGAUGCGAUUUUCCUGGAGAAACCAUCAUAUUACGACCUUCUGAUUGACCUCCGAACAUCGACGCCCAACACCCGCCCCACUUUCUACGUGUCCAAGCCAGUAGACCAGUCAAACGGUCGGGGACCAUCACAUCGGCUGUCCCUUGUGCGAUUCACAUGGAGUGAUGUGAAGCUGUGGACAGAGCUUGAGCGCCUGCUCCAACUAGAUACCGGGGAGCACAUGGACAGAUGUUGCGAUCCGUCCCUCGGCUCUCGCCAGAGCACGAGCUCGUGGACGGACAUCUGGCGCGUAUACGAGGACGUCUGCGUCGUGUGCGCCGGACUCUGGAUGGGCUCCUGGCGCACCCAGCCGACUCUCUCGUGCGGUGCCCCGGGCGGGCGGUGGGAGAAUUGGGGGAGCAUCCGUCUAGAAGGCGAGGAAAGUCUGUCUCUGCGCAAGCAGUCGCGCUCGUACGUGCGCCAUGUGGGCAUGGGUGUUGAAGGCCGCCCUGCGUACGACGCGUCCACGUCGUCCGGGCGGACCCAGCGGCGCUCGGCCAAGUCGAGCAGUCUAUCCGUAUGGUCGUGGACUACCAGCAAGGGGGACGGCCAAGGCUCGGGCACCGCACCGGCGGCAGGGCCCAGCGACCCUGUCGACUCGGAACCCACGGCAAAGGACGUUGCUAUGUCUGUUCACAUCGAAGAGAGCCAGGGCGCACGGCGGACGCAGCAGAUUAUAACUACGCUUGCCCUCCUUCAAGCGUUCCAUGUCAAUACGACUGCCAUUCUAGCGCGUCUCGCAGAGCUCCUUCCUCAGCGUCGGUCUCAGCCCAGACACGACAGUGGAGAGAGUAAUUCCACGGUUAUUCUGACACCAAAGGAUGUCAUGUCAUUUGAGUUGGGACCUUUCAGCGGAUUGGAUGCGCGAUUCGUCGAGUGGCUGGGAGAGGAAUACGGAGGCGGGUCGAGGGUCGUCGCUCGGCGGAAUUGGCGUGACUUGAUGGGGCUCUUAUUGGGACUGAGCUCAUAG